AUGGGUGACAAAUUUCACGAUAAUCAAGAAGUAGAAGAAGUACUUGACACCCUUUCCCUCACCGAUUUCCCAACAACCCAACAUCAAGAUCACCGGAAUCCGCCAUCACCACCACCAUCACCAUCGCCAUUACCCACCGAAGAAUAUUUUGAGUUUUUCUCGGGAGAUUUGGGUGAUUAUCCCGAAGACAAGAUGAUGUCUCAUGCAGAAGACAUCAUAUUCUGCGGUAAGCUUGUACCCAUCAAUGAACAGCACCACCGGCAAAAACCACCGCCGCAAAGAGAAAACAAUCACCACCACCGUCAACCGUAUCUUUGCCGGCGGUCGGAAUCAAUGUCAGAGGUCAAGAGCCCACCGGCGAGUGAACUCGUUAGAACCAGUCGUUCAUUGGAUUACAAGAAGCUGCACAGGAACACAAGCAUGAGUUCCGAACCGCCACCGGAGAUUGGUCGUGAUGGUUCCGGAAAGAAACCUUCUUCACGAUGGUAUGUGUUUUUCUUUGGGCUAGUGAAGGUGCUACCGCCGGAGAUGGAUCUUCAGGACAUGAAGAACCGGCAGGUUCGCCGGACAACAUCGAAGACACUUGUUUCUUCUUCAGAAUCCGGUGACGUCGGUCCGGUUAACCGGAGUGGCGAUCACCAGAAAUGUUCUUGGAGAGUACUUGGUUUUCUCAGUUGCAAAUCGUCAGCUAGUGCUGCCGUAACGACGCCGUUACAUCACAUCCCCAAAGUUUAA